AUGUCUGCUCUCCAAAUGACCUCCGAAGAUGUUAGCUUGCUCUUAGCUGCCCACUGCCACAUGGGUGUUAAGAACGUUGAAAAGGCUAUGGAGCCAUACGUCUGGAGAACCCGUAAAGACGGUAUCAACCUCAUCAACUUGGGUAAGACUUGGGAGAAGCUUGUCUUCGCUGCUAGAGUUAUCGCUGCAGUCGAGAACCCAAAUGACGUCGCUGUCAUCUCAUCCCGUCCAUACGGUCAACGUGCUGUCCACAAGUUCGCUGCCCAAACCGGUGCUCAAGCUAUCGCUGGUAGAUUCACCCCAGGUUCAUUCACCAACUACAUCACCAGAUCAUUCAAGGAACCACGUCUCAUCAUCGUCACUGACCCACGCGUCGACCACCAAGCAAUCCGUGAAGCUGCCUACGUCAACAUUCCAGUCAUUGCUCUCUGUGACACCGACGCUGCUCUCAAGUUCGUUGACGUUGCUAUCCCAACCAACAACAAGGGUCGUCACGCUAUCGGUCUCAUCUGGUGGAUGCUUGCCCGUGAAGUUCUCCGUUUGAGAGGCUCAAUCUCAAGACAAGACAAGUGGGAAAUCAUGCCAGACAUGUUCUUCUACCGUGCCCCAGAAGAAGUUGAAGCUGAGCAAGCUGCUCUCGCUGAAGCUAAGCUCCUCGCUGCUUCAGGUGAAGGCCGUAACGCUGACGCUGAGGCUGAAGGUGCUCAACAAAUUCCAGAAUGGGACGUCCAAGCUGGCAUCCAAUCAAACGAUGCCGUUGACUGGGCUGCUGAUGGUUCCCUCGGUAACACCGACUGGGCUGCCGAAGCUACCGCUGUCCAAGAAGGUCAAGCUUCCCAACAAACCACCUGGGAAUAA